GUUGAAGCCUUCCUCCCCAUCUUUGCCAUUAAUCUCACUCCAUGUGUUACUGUUAGUUUCUGCGGAGGACCCCCAUCAAAGACAAGCGGAUUUCUGUCCCAGCGCUUACUCUUUUUCUGUCUUUCGGUUGGAUAACUUUAUUGGGAAAGGUGCAGGAUGUCCAACAACAUGGCCAAGAUUGCAGAUGCUAGAAAGACGGUCGAACAACUGAAACUGGAGGUCAACAUAGAGAGGAUGAUGAUAUCCAAAGCAGCAGCUGAUCUGAUGGCAUAUUGUGAUGCUCAUGCCAAAGAAGACCCCCUGGUGACUCCAUUAGCUUCUGCUGAGAACCCGUUCCGAGAAAAGAAAAUAUUCUGUGCUAUACUAUAAGCUCCACAUGUGCAGGGAAAAUGUCUAAAAUUCAGUGUACAUUAUUUAAAUGAGGCAAGUUAAGCUUUAAUGAAUAGUUUUUUUUCAGUUUCGUAAUUAAAGUAGAAUUUUAUUGAGUCAUCUGAUGAAUGAUCAUUUUAACAAGAUAAUGAUGGCAAUAAACUUUUGUCAUGAGUGGGUGCAAAGUACAUUUUAGCAGGCCAACACCCCUGCCUCUCCAUCUGCACACAGAUUGUAGCUGAGCUUAUUUAUUAACUAAACUGUAUGGAUUAGUUCUGGCAUACCUGUUUUAGACUGACUCAUGUUAA